GGCUAGUACUUCUGCUCUGCUGAGGGGAACCCGGGAAAAUCUCCAAGCCGCCGCCAUCCCCUUCCCCUCUUCUCCACUCUCCACCAUCGUUCAAUGCUCAGAAGAACCGUAAAAAUCCGUUCACAGUUCAAAUAUUCGUUUCCGUUUCGCCGGAAUCCCUAUUCAACCGCUGCGGCUCCGCUCCCGGAAACCUCAACAGAAGAACCCAUCAUCAAACCCCUGACCGAAACCCAGCUCAAGUCGCUCGUCCUCUCAAAUUGCUCCUAUGGCAAGUUCUAUAAUCUCAUCCACAACGUUGUGGCCCUGCCGCAGGUCCUCCUCGCCGCUUCCCGGAACCUCAUCACCUGCGGCAACGGGUCGUGUGCGGCCACAGAAACUUCCAUCCACCGAUUGGUCUCCAAGCGCUUCUCAAUCGAGGACAUGGGUCGCGAGGUUUACGAGGCUCGGCUGCACAUCGAGUCUCAUUGCGUCAAGUUCGCGGGUAAAGACGACUGCUUGAUCCUGCCUGAUUUGAAAUUGAAGGUUUUGAUUGAAGCUGUUAGGAUGGUGCUGGAGAUUGUUUAUGACGAUCGAUUCCUUACGUUUUCCUAUGGUGGGCGGGUGAAUAUGGGUCGGCACACAGCGAUAAGGUACUUGAAGAACUCGGUUGAAAACCCUAGUUGGUGGUUUAGAGUUCAAUUAGAACGUCAGGAGUUUGAUAGUAGAAAUGUGGAGAUGUUGUGUUUGAUUUUGGAAGACAAGGUGAAAGACAAGAACUUGAUUGGUUUGAUAAAGAGAUUGUUUGAUUCUGGAGUGCUUAGAAUUGAACUAGGUGGGUUGUAUUUGGGUAGGGGGUUUCCUCAAGAGUGCGGGUUGUGCUCGAUUCUGAUUAAUGUGUACUUCAAUGGAUUCGAUAGAGAAAUUCAAGAUACAAGGCUGCAACUAAAUCGGGAGAAUCCUAGAAGAAUCAAUGUUGAUGACAGUAGUCAAAUGUCGAGUCCUUUACACAAGCCGGUAAGGAUGUAUGCAGUGAGGUACUUGGAUGAGAUACUAGUUGUUGCAUCAGGACCAAAGAAGUUAGCAAUAGGUCUGAAGAGUAGAUUUUUGAACAGUUUAGAGAGUGACUUGAAGCUAAAAGUGAAUAAAGGGAGGACAAUUGUUCAUAGUGCAGUUUUUGAGAAGAUGUGCUUUAUGGGAUUUGAAUUGCAGGCUGUGAAACCAUCAGUCUUACACCCACCCAUGUCGGAAAAGGCAAUUAGAGCUAGGAAGAAGUAUCUACGCCAGAAGGAAGUUCGGGCUUUGGAACUGAAAAAUGCCCGGGAGAGAAAUAGGAAGAAAUUGGGUUUGAAGAUUUUGAGACAUGUUGUCAAGAAGGCAAAGCUGAGCAAUGGUUUCAAACUUGAUAAUCCAAUUGACAACGAAGUUCAGCAAGUAUUUGCAACUUGGGCUAAUGAAGCGGUUCAUGACUUCCUUGGCUCCCUGGAAGAACGGUGGAACUGGCAUCGGUUGCUUACUACUGGCGAUUUCCUUAACCUGAGACACAUUAGAGACAUGUUGCCGGAAGAACUUAUCGAAUCCUAUGACAAGUUCCAAAAACAGGUAGAGAAGUACUUGUCGCCUGUUAAGGCGAGAAAAGCACUAGAGGAUGAAGAAAGGAGAAGUGAAGAAGCCUAUGAAAAAAAAUAUGCUGAAAGAACAAUUAAAGACCUAACUAAGUUGUCCAUGAAAGUAUCUGCUCCUAUUGAAUUGGUGAGAGACGCUGUUAGGUUGGCUGGAUUUACUAACGAUAUGGGUCGUCCAAGGCCUAUCAGCUGGCUAACCAGUCUUGAAGAUGCUGAUAUUAUCAAGUGGUAUGCAGGGGUUGGAAGAAGAUGGCUUGAUUUCUUUUGCUGCUGUCACAACUUCAAAAUGGUGAAGACCAUUGUAACCUAUCACCUAAGAUUUUCUUGUUUAGUCACAUUAGCAGAAAAACACGAAGCAACUAAGCGCGAGACAAUGAAACAUUACACCAAGAAUUUGAGAGUUUCUUACAUGGAAGAGAAUGACGAGUUGCACUUUCCUACUGAGAAGGAAGUGAAGAUGAUGGGGGACAAAAAUCUUUCAGAUCCUAAACCUGUGGAUGGAGCUCUGUCUUUGGCGUUGAUUAGAUUGGCUUGUGAUGAGCCCUUAAGUAGUUGUGUAGCUCAUUUUUGUGAUAGAACAGAUACAAUUACUUACCGUGUAAGGUUGCUGCAAAAUCUGGUAUCUGCAAAUCCUGCCGAUGAGAAAAAGUGGGUCACUGGGAUGGGUGCAAUACAUGACAGCCUGCAUCGGAUAUGUCUUCCUCUUUGUCCUGAUCACAUAAGCGACUUAUACACUGGGAAAAUAAGCCUUCAGGACAUUGACUGCUGUUCGUUUGUGCAUGUGGACUGAGCCUUUUUUGGUUUAUCAGCUAUUCUCAGCCUUCCCUCUUGCGAUACACCUCUGUUCUAAGAUAAGAACUAUCUGUUGCAUCCAAGUGACACAGAGAGUUUAGCCGGGUAACUUUCCGUGCUCCUUUAUCUCGAUGAACUAAAUUGACCUAUUUGUUAUAAUUUUUAGUUCUAUUUCUGAAACACAUGUACUGGGGUGUCGAUGCUGUGAAAUAGUUCCGUUUUAUGUUUGCAUAUGCAUGCAUGUCCUUACUGUUUGGAAUGAGGUGAUUAAUAAAACUUGUGCAGCUAACCUGCUUCAGAUUACAUCUCUUUCGUUGCGUCAGAACAAAGAAUUUCCUAGAAUAAGAAUGGCAGAGAAUUGGCAAAAGAGGACUUGUGUCAUGCUUCUCAAUAUCCUGUUGUUAGUUUACCUCUUUUUCCCCAUCACGUAUCACCUGAUAAGAGUGACAGAGAGGAUUGUGAGGACUAUCACCUCCCCUGUCAAUCCUUUGUGCCCUUUUUUCCCUGUUUAAUCUUUUCAUAGGUUUGCAUUUUUUACUGCUUCUUACUUUCUAAAUAAAAUGAGUUCACCAUUAUGAAAAACCCCCCUAGAAUAAGAAGCUGAGUUGCAUCUUCCUAUGGUGCCUGUGUCUGGAAACUAGGAAGUAACUGAAUUAUUCUAAUGUAUUUAACAGGUAAAGGUCCUUGCUUAUGGGGCUCCUUCAUCUUGGAUUCUUCCCCUGGGGAACUAUGUUUGAUGGUUUUCGGCUGAAAAGAUGGUACUGCCAUGAAGCACAUGUGAUGAAGUUGAACUAUGGUGACAAAAGGUACACAAAUCUGCUCAAUCACCAUGUGCAGGACUGCAGGAGGCUCUAUUCACUUUAUCAAACUCAUUAAGAUGUAUUUUCAAUCGUGCCAGGUGUUGCAAAAGUGGUCGUCCGGGAGGGAGGGAUGGCGAUUGAUCGUCGGAAGAUCAGUAGGGAUCAAAGAAGAAGACGAUUAGUCGAUUACCAUGACGUGCCAGCGCGAUAGGGGAUCGUCCUGAGAACGUCAAAUGAAGUUUUUUCGUGCAAGAGGUAAGUAAAACUUCUUUCCAGCAGAUGAUGGCUCCAACACAAAGGGAAGUGGUAGGGCAGGGGAGUGUCUGGCGUGUUCUUUCAUUCACUCCCAAAUCACGAGUGUCUGCCUGCCUGCCAGCCAACCCCAUUGCUGGGUUCCAAAACGUUGUGCUGGGAAGUUGACAUUACGACCAAACGAGGAGGAGUACUAUAAUCGAGUGGUGGGGUUCGAUUUAGAAGAAAACAAACGCUGUGCUGUUUCCUUCAAACAUUGGUCGCAGAUAGCUGCCAAAGUCGGCCGAGUUAGCGUUUUCCCCGUACGUCAGUUUCAGACUUGCAAAACAACUUCAGAUGUUCCGCCCUUAGCUCGUUCAAGCUCAAGUUCUCAUCUUUCAGGUCUCUCCUUCGUCAUUUCCUGUAUAAUACAGGAAACUGUAAGAUCGUUGGUACACAAACCGAUGAAUGGGUUGUCGUGUUCAGUAAUGGCAGCAAAUACAGACAAAGGUGAAAUUGGAAUCCAUGGCCAGCUGCUGCUAGAUAACCAUUUUUUCUUCUUUUUCCUCCUCCUUUUCCUGACAAAUGGAACCUAUUCUCUCCAGACGAAGUUUCCAGGAAAGUAGAGGAAACCUACAUCUUGUGUGUAUUGUAUCGACUGAAGAAAGGGUCAAGGAAUCAGGCAGAUUCAUAUAAUCAGAGCCUUGCCAUUUGGCUCAAAUCGAGUUGGCAACCUUGUAAUCAUAACCGACAAUGGCUUUCGAGGUUCGGUUCGCAGAAUGAUCUCUAACUAAAUUUUUCGUUCUUCUAAGUUUGUCGGAGUAAGUUUUGGACCUAUAUACUCGACGAUAGAUACUACGAUACAUCGUAUAGUAGUCGUGUCGAGUCAGAUAGUCUCGAACUUAUGUAUAACCAUGGAGGAUGUUGGUUUUCUUUUUUUCCAUAUGAGGCGGCUUCUAGAGUUUUCAGGGGCAUGUGGAAGAAACCAUUAACAAAAUAGACUGUGGUUGGAGCAGAGAUUAGCUUUAAUAAAAUAAAAGAGGGGGCCUUUCUGUCGAAUUGAUGUCUUUCUGAUCCCACGACCAAACCACUAUUUUGUUGAAGACAUUCCCCCCACUUACUUUAUUAGACUUCAGUGAAUAAAUCACAGGGAGAAAG